AUGGAAGACCGCACCUCUAUGGUGCCAAAGCAUGCAGGGUAUAAUAUACUUCCCAACACGCCUCUAUUUAGUAGACUACUCCGGUUCGCCGGUCGGAAGCCUGCAAGAAUAGCUAUUCACGAUGCCCGAUCAAACGCCCAAAGAACCCACCUCGAGCUCCUUUCUGAUGUUCUUGCUCUGCGCGAAACCAUUCUAAAUUCCUUGGGCCCGGGAACCAUCGAGGCGCUAGAGCGACGGGAUGAAGUGUAUCUGGCUAUAAUUGCAGCGGGGGGGUAUGAGUACACAGUUGCAAUGCUGGCAACGCUGGCUUUGGGCGCGGCAACAGUGCCAAUCGCUCCAGCGCUGCCGGUGGAAGAGGCCGCAUAUUUCAUUGAGAAGUCAAGGGCAGCUCUGGUACUUGUCAGUUCCGUGAACCUGGAGAAAUGCUGCAAACUGGAGAAGCGAAUAUCCUCAAUCACUAAUGAGCACUUCAGAGGCGUGCCGAUCGGACCAUGCACGUUCACGCCUACGCUAUGCGCGACUGACAUUAUCAUCUCGUCGGACCGCGCGUUUGAAGAAAAUGCCCCCAGUGUAGUAAUCUUCACUUCCGGCACAACAGGUCCUCCCAAGGGCGCUGUCAUGCGGAGGGCAUUUGUGUUCGACAGUGCGAUGUCAGUGGCAGACCACUACCGGCUUACCGAGGACGAUGUCAUGCUCCAUGUCCUCCCUGUUCAUCAUGCAACAGGCGUGGGUAUCAACUUCUUCCCAUUUCUCAUAUCAGGGAGUCGUAUUGAGUUCCGGAGCGGAGGCUUUGAUGAAGUGUGGAUGUGGGAUAGGUGGAAGGAGGGCGCCGUUAACCCCCGUAGACACCUGACUUUCUUCUCCGGUGUGCCCACCAUAUACAUGCGAAUGAGGCGCCACUACCAGCGAACUUUAUCCAAGCUCCCUUCUGAGGAACUAGCAAAGUAUAUCGCUGGAGCAAGACAAUUCCGGGCAUGCCUUUGUGGGACGUCUGCCCUGCCUCAGCCACUCAACGAGUUCUGGACCAUCCUUAUGCAGAAGAGGAUCGUCCAAAGAUAUGGAGCCACGGAAUUUGGUGCAGUAUUCAAGGUUCAUUUAGACGACAAAGGAACCCCGGAUGGCUCAGUUGGCGAGCUUGUGAGCGGAGUCGACCUGAAGCUGUCAAACGGCGACGAGGGCGAGGUUCUUGUGAAGAGUCCACACAUGUUCUCCAAAUACCUGUAUGACCCUGAGGCCACUGCAAGAGCUCACGACUCCGAGGGCUACUUUCGAACGGGCGACAUUGCACGAAGGGAAGGGAAGUACUAUUGGAUUAUCGGCCGAGCGUCACUUGACAUAAUAAAGUCAGGGGGAUACAAGAUCUCGGCUCUGGACAUUGAGAGGGAACUGUUGGCUUUGCCUUAUAUUGCGGAAGCCAUGGUGGUAGGAGUACCGGAUGAGGAAUUCGGACAACGGGUGGCCGCCUUGGUCUCGCUACAGGAAGAGGAGCUAACAGAUGUGUUCUCGGAGGCGUACGGGGAUAGGGAGUUCAUUCUCACUAUUGAAGAUGUCCGGCGGGACAUGCGUAAUAGGCUUGCUGGGUAUAAGCUCCCUACGUUGCUCCGCAUUGUGGACGGGGAACUGCCGAAGACGAUCACCGGGAAGGUGCAAAAGAAAAUCCUCGGGUCACAGUAUUUCCCCAUAGAUUACCAGGCAUACCCAGAAGUCCAGCAGUGGAUGAAGACGCGAACAUUGGCCAAGCUGUAG